CCUAUCAUAUUGUGCUGUCUUGUUUCGUCAGUGAUGCAUAGUGAUCUUGCCUUUUUCCCCUACAAGGCAUGUUUUCACUAUAUCCCUCGUAUGUGGCACAGGGAUUCCUUUCAUAGCCCUAAUUUAUCACUUCGCAUUUCAUUAAGCCUACUUAAUUUUACUGAUAUCCUAAACGGAUGGAUGUCCAUUUCCACCGCCUACUUGCGUUUAUUUUAACGAAUUGGAUCGCCACCGCAAUCUGAGUUGUGCCCUCUGCUCAAGGCAAUUCCCGUCAUGACCUGUCUAUUCUUUCAAAUUCGCUAAAUGGCAUUUUCCUUCGCUACUAGUGUCCUCAAAGAAGUUAGACAUAAUUCGUUUUCGAAUCCUUUUCAUCAAAUGAAGACUACUGUGGGGAUUUGAUUUGGUUCUUCACGCACUCUUCUGUGCCUUGCGUAAACCUCAAGACGCUUGCUUCAAAGGCCUGCUGAUGGGGGCAGGCAAGAGCAAGCCCAAGGAGCCGGGCCAGCGCUCACUGAGUCUCGAUGGCACCAUUGGCACGGGCUCGGACAGUGGGCACCACCACCACCUCAACUCGACCCAGCAGACCCAGACCCCCAACAGGAGUCCCGCCGUAGGGGGAGCCAGGCAUGGCCACCACCCCGGGCAUGCUCCCACCAACACCCCCGAGCUGGCGCUGUUCGGUGGAGUGAACCACAUGGGCAGUAUCACCUCCCCUCACAGAGGACCACUGGCAGGAGGUGUCACUACAUUUGUGGCACUCUAUGACUAUGAAUCACGGACUGCCUCGGACCUGACCUUCAAGAAAGGCGAGCGGCUGCAGAUCAUCAACAACACGAGAAAGUACAGCUUCAGGGAAGGGGACUGGUGGCUGGCUCGGUCUCUGACUACCGGAGAAAGCGGUUACAUCCCCAGCAACUAUGUGGCCCCCUCUGACUCCAUUCAAGCAGAAGAGUGGUAUUUUGGGAAAAUAACUCGGCGCGACUCAGAGAGGCUCCUUUUGAGUUUACAGAACCGACGAGGCACCUUCCUGGUCCGAGAGAGCGAGACCACCAAGGGAGCCUACUGCCUGUCCGUGUUGGACUACGACAACACCAAAGGUCUCAAUGUCAAACACUACAAGAUACGCAAGCUAGACAGCGGUGGUUUCUACAUCACCUCACGCACCCAGUUCAGCAGCCUGCAGCAGCUGGUCUACCACUAUCAUAAGCAUGCAGAUGGACUGUGCCACUGUCUGACAGAGGUGUGUCCGGUGCUGAAGCCUCAGACCCAGGGCCUGGCCCGCGACGCCUGGGAGAUAUCCCGGGAGUCCCUCCACCUCGACCUCAAACUGGGCCAGGGCUGCUUCGGAGAGGUCUGGAUGGGGACAUGGAAUGGUACAACGCGGGUGGCCAUCAAGACCCUGAAGACAGGUACCAUGUCCCCAGAGGCCUUCCUCCAGGAAGCCCAGGUCAUGAAGAAGCUGAGACACGAGAAACUGGUGCAGCUCUACGCCGUGGUGUCUGAGGAACCCAUCUACAUCGUCACCGAGUACAUGAGCCAAGGUAGCCUGUUGGACUUCCUGAAAGGUGACACGGGCAAGCUGCUACGUCUACCCCAGUUAGUGGAUAUGGCAUCUCAGAUUGCAGCAGGGAUGGCAUACGUAGAGAGAAUGAACUACGUCCACAGAGACCUCAGGGCUGCCAACAUCCUGGUCGGGGACAACCUGGCAUGUAAAGUGGCCGACUUCGGCUUGGCCCGCCUCAUAGAGGACAACGAGUACACUGCUAGACAGGGUGCCAAGUUCCCCAUUAAGUGGACGGCGCCAGAGGCUGCACUCUACGGACGCUUCACCAUCAAGUCAGAUGUCUGGUCAUUCGGGGUCCUGCUCACUGAACUGGCCACUAAAGGCAGAGUCCCAUAUCCAGGCAUGGUGAACCGGGAGGUGUUGGAUCAGGUGGAGCGUGGCUACCGGAUGCCCUGCCCUGCUGAGUGCCCAGCCUCCAUGCACGAGCUCAUGCUCACCUGCUGGAGGAAGGACGCAGAAGAGCGCCCCACCUUCGAGUACCUCCAGGGCUUCCUGGAAGACUACUUCACCUCCACCGAGCCCCAGUACCAGCCUGGGGAGAACCUAUAAGGCUCAGGGACCCCCCCCCCCCCGGGCCUCAUGGAUGGACUUGCCCACCCACCCCUGCCCAAUGCCCACCCAUGUCACUGCCCACCCCUCACUGCAGCCUGAUCAUGGGUCAGGUUUGUGUUAUUUCCCCCCUGUAAUGGACAAUGGUUAAGGAUGGUUUAGAAGUGGGAAGAAAAGGGGAGCUUAUCCUAGACCUGUUGUUAUGAGUGACUUCUAACCUGGAGCUACAGAGACAGGUUUUGUGGGGACUGUCAUAGUGGUUGAGGGUUGUGCUGAUCCUAGAUCUGUGGAGGAAAGAUGGUAAGUGUCCUAAGGUGGAGUAGGGUGCAGUUGCCCCUGGAUGCUGAUCUUGGGUCAGUUUAGCAUUUUCUCCACUAAUGGUUAAGAUCAGGGGAGGGGAAGCUGAUCCUAGAUCUGUAGCUAGGAGAAACUUCAACCCAAAGUGUCCUAAGGAAGGACGGAGGAUAGUGAGACGGAACAUGCCCACUGCUUUGACCCUCCCUCUCUGUCCCCUUCUCAUCAAAGGCUGUGCCCGGAUUCCUUCAAACUUUUCCCAAAGUGUGCACUUGUGCACUACCUGUCAAGCAUUGGAUUAGUGUAAGCAUUGGCUAGACUAGAGGAAGUCUCCCUCAUUGUUGAAAUCCACCCUCAUUGUUGAAAUCCACCCUCAUUGUUGAAAUCCACAAGGGGGAGUGUGCAAGUGCCCACUUGCAAGUUUGGAGAAAUUAGAAGCAGCCAUAGCAUCUGACCUCUCCACCUCCUCUCCUCUUGCAGAGCGCUGCCAACGUGGCACCGGUGCUGAAGGAACGCCAAUCUGUUUUCCCUCUCCACCUCCUCUCCUCUUGCAGAGCGCUGCCAACGUGGCACCGGUGCUGAAGGAACGCCAGUCUGUUUUCCCUCUCCACCUCCUCUCCUCUUGCAGAGCGCUGCCAACGUGGCACCGGUGCUGAAGGAACGCCAGUCUGUUUUCCCUCUCCACCUCCUCUCCUCUUGCAGAGCGCUGCCAACGUGGCACCGGUGCUGAAGGAACGCCAAUCUGUUUUCCCUCUCCACCUCCUCUCCUCUUGCAGAGCGCUGCCAACGUGGCACCGGUGCUGAAGGAACGCCAAUCUGUUUUCCCUCUCCACCUCCUCUCCUCUUGCAGAGCGCUGCCAACGUGGCACCGGUGCUGAAGGAACGCCAAUCUGUUUUCCCUCUCCACCUCCUCUCCUCUUGCAGAGCACUGCCAACGUGGCACCGGUGCUGAAGGAACGCCAAUCUGUUUUCCCUCUCCACCUCCUCUCCUCUUGCAGAGCGCUGCCAACGUGGCACCGGUGCUGAAGGAACGCCAGUCUGUUUUCCCUCUCCACCUCCUCUCCUCUUGCAGAGCGCUGCCAACGUGGCACCGGUGCUGAAGGAACGCCAGUCUGUUUUCCCUCUCCACCUCCUCUCCUCUUGCAGAGCGCUGCCAACGUGGCACCGGUGCUGAAGGAACGCCAAUCUGUUUUCCCUCUCCACCUCCUCUCCUCUUGCAGAGCGCUGCCAACGUGGCACCGGUGCUGAAGGAACGCCAGUCUGUUUUCCCUCUCCACCUCCUCUCCUCUUGCAGAGCGCUGCCAACGUGGCACCGGUGCUGAAGGAACGCCAGUCUGUUUUCCCUCUCCACCUCCUCUCCUCUUGCAGAGCACUGCCAACGUGGCACCGGUGCUGAAGGAACGCCAGUCUGUUUUCCCUCUCCACCUCCUCUCCUCUUGCAGAGCGCUGCCAACGUGGCACCGGUGCUGAAGGAACGCCAGUCUGUUUUCCCUCUCCACCUCCUCUCCUCUUGCAGAGCGCUGCCAACGUGGCACCGGUGCUGAAGGAACGCCAGUCUGUUUUCCCUCUCUCUUGUGCAUACCAAAUGGCUCCCUAUUCUCUACAUACAUGUAGUGUACUACUUUUGACCAGAGCCCUAUGGGAAUAGGGUCAAAAAUAGGACCGUAGGGCACAACAAAAAGUUGUGCACUAUGUAGGGAAUAGGGAGCCAUUAGGGAUGUAACUUCUGUGGGUCUGUCUCUCUGUCUACCUUUCUUUGUCUAUUACCUCCUCUCUCUCUUUCCAGUAUUCUCAAGUGCUGCUUCCUCCAGAUCUCCAACUCUCACAUUUAAUUUUUUGAAAGUUUUUCUUUGUUUUGUUGUCUAAAGAUGCUGCUUCUUUCUUUCAUCCUCUGUCAAUAAAACUGAAACGUUGUAAAGCUCCCA